CGAAAUUUCCUAUCAAGUGGUGCAACAAUGCGUCGUACCAUCGUUAGUUUCCUCUUUUUGCUUUGCAGACUUCACUAACCCCUCUCAGCUCGCACCCUCCGUCUCAGCCACUGACCGCCUCCAUCUCGCCGCCUCCGCAUCCGCAGGCGCGACAGCCGCCGACAGCCGUUGUAAGUUUUCACUGAUAAUCUGUCAACUAAGCACAAACGGGGUGGGCUAGGCUUUCCAACCAUUGGAAGUUCCAACAAUGGCAGGCAUAGCUAUAGUUCUAGAUCUGUGGAGGAAAAACCAAAACUCGAGCUUCGGAUUGCACUCUUCUCACGCCUUUCAGUCUUCUGGUGCCUUUUUCUCCGCGUCUGCUGCUGCUACUGCUGCUGCAGCGUCUGUUGCUGCGGGGACUGGUUUUGCCUCAAGGGCUUUGUUUGGGUCUUCAGUUGCAUAUUGUGAUGCUGGUGCAGCAUUAUCUGAAGACUACAUUUCUAGUAUACAAAGUUCUUUUAAAAAGAAUUACCAAUAUGAUGCACUAAGAUAUAGUACCAAGCAGUAUAAUGUGGAACUUAAACCGCUCUUUUCUGCUUUUGAAUUGAGGACAUUUGCAAUGACUUCCAUAAGGUCGUUCUUGUUGUUCUAUUUACCUCUUUUGGAGCCCCGUGCGGAAAUGGAAGAUGAUGAGGAUUUCUUGGAGGAGGAUCAAGAGCACCCUGUUGAUCUGGUUGUUCCCUUAAAAAAAUCAGUGAAGCAAAUCAUACGUGAGUCAACCGUUGUGACCACUAGAAGGAUCUUAGAAAGAAUUGCUGUUCAUUAUGUUUCACAAAGAAUGGCAUGGAAGCUUCUUAAAGAUAUCCCUAGAUCAGCAACUCGCAAGGCUGGAAGGAACAUGCCCACUGUGGUUUACUUCUAUUGUGUGAGCAGAACAACAUUCAGAGGACACAUGCUUGGAGUUGCAGCAUCAUGGCUUGUCCAAGUUGGCAUUGAUUUAUAUAGAUUCUUUUCCUCGGCAUUCAAGGUGCAGAAAGAGGAUAAUGAUGUUGAUAAAACUAAUGAAGUUGGAGUUCUUGGACAGAAGAUUUUCAUCACUACAGUUAGAUGUACUUCAUCUUUAAUUUUUGCUUCCAUAGGAGCAGGAAUCGGUGCAACCCUUGUUCGUCCAUCGCUGGGUCAAUGGAUUGGAUGUGCUGCUGGUGAUUUGGCUGGCCCUAUUAUUGUAGCAUUUUGUGCUGACCAAUUAUUUCAAGUGAAACUUUGAAAUGUGGUUAUAUUUUCUGACAGAUUUUUUACCCUUUUCAAAUAACUGGGGUAUGUUAUGAAUUUUGCUGUAUUUGUUAGCCAUAUUUGAUUGAGCCAUUAGGAUUUGGUGAACCUGCUUUUUAGCUCAAAGCAUACUAACAUUUUUCAGUCAUGAUAGAUAAUUCGUUAUUGUUUCAAUAUAAUACGUUUUCCAA